CGGCUCUUUGUAAUCCCCAAAUCCAGCGUGAUCCCUUCUUCAAGCCCCAAGAAACACAGCCGGAGGGAGCAGGGCGCAUUCCACGCCUGCGCAUCAUCGCUGUCUAGGGUUGGAAGCAAAGGCUGGGAGCCAAGGGUCGAGGAAAGGGGCCCCGGAGAGGAAAGAGGAGGGAGGGGAAGGGUCUCCCAGGUGCGGAGCUUUGCAAGGAACCUGAUGCACUCCCUUCUUUCCUGCAGGAGAGGCUGAAGAAGGAGGAGGUCCAGGUGGGCAGCCAUGGAGAGCUGCAGCCGCAAAGUGAGCAGCCCCCCUUGCUCAGGGCAGAGCUCCCUCCAGAACAGCCUGCUGGACCUGACGGAGUCGGGCAAAGGGCUGAAGGUCCAAGCGGAGAAGCCUCACCUGGUCAGCCUGGGCAGCGGGCGCCUCAGCACCGCCAUCACGCUCCUGCCCCUCGAGGAGGGUAGGACAGUGCUGGGCUCGGCGGCAACGAGCGACAUUGUGUUGCAAGGCCCCAGUGUGGCCCCCCAGCACUGCUUCAUUGAGAACGUGCGCGGGACCCUCACCCUCCACCCCUGCGGCAGCCCCUGCGCCAUCGACGGCCUGGCGGUCUCUCGCCCCACACGCCUCUCCCAAGGGUGCAUGAUCUGCCUGGGCCAGUCGACCUUCCUCCGUUUCAAUCACCCAGCGGAGGCAAAGUGGAUGAAAAGCAUGAUUCCGGUCGGGGGCCGAAGCCCGGCUUCCCCUUAUGGGCUCCUGGCAGUGAACGGCAACCCGGAGUCGGGCAAGGGCUCCCGAGGCGCCAGCCACAGCCUCCUGGUGAGCUCCAUCGAGCGGGACUUGCAGGACAUCAUGGACUCCUUGGCGUUGGAGGAUGAGGGGGGCCCCAUUCUGCCCUCACCAGACACUUCCACGGCCAACGGUGGGCAACGGGGGGCCCGCUUGCUGCUCUCCCCGCCCCAGAGUCCCGGAGCCAUGUCGGUGGGCUCCAGCUAUGAGAACGCCUCCCCGCCCUUCUCGCCCCUCUCCUCCCCGGCCAGCAGCAGCAGCUGCGCUAGCCAUUCACCUGCUGGCCAGGAGCAGGGCCCACCUGUGGUGCCUACUCGCUCUUCCAGCUUCAACCACACCAUGCUGACGCCCCGUGGAGUGCCCCCAACGGACCUGGGCAGACCACGGGCCAUGCAGGAGGGACCCCGCAGCCCCAAAGGCCGGCUAUCGACGGAGAGCCCCCGACCCGGCCAGCACACAGAAACACCGCCCCCCGGUAGCCCCCGCCUGGCCCCCAAGUUCCAGGCACCACGGACAUUGCAGGAGAGGCCCCCCAGCCCUUCCCGGAGACCCCUUGCGUCCGCGGAGCCAUCCGUCCGCGUGCUGCUGCCCCCGGAAAGCCCCCGCUUAGGUCGUCGUACCUUGGAGGGCAAGCUUCCCCCUGUCAGCCCAGCCCUCUCCCGACGGGCAGCCUCUCCGGCCACUAACGCCCGCAGCAGCCCUUCUGUGCCCUCCAGGGUCAGCGAGAGCCCCGUCGCGUGGCGGAGGGAGGCCCACGAAGACUUUUCCGGUGGACUCCGUGCCCGCAGCCCGUCGCCCUCCCAGCAGAAGGGUCGCCUGAGGCCCGGCCUGAGUCCGGCGGCCAGCCUGGGGUCAUUGGCGCUACCGUCGUCAUCAUCCUCCUCACCAUGCCAUAGUCCUCGCCUGCGCCGCAAGUUGUCCUGCGGAGAGGCGCAAGUGGCGGGAUUUCCCAUGCGGGAGCGCAAGCAGAGCAUCUCGGAACUGAGCGGCAACGAGGGAGAGCUGUUGGAGUACCACCGUUGGCAGCGGCAGGAGCGGAUGCGGGAGCAGGAGAUGGAGCGCCUGGAGCGCCAGCGCUUGGAGACCAUCCUCAGCUUGUGUGCCGAGUACACGCGUGGCGAUGACGGUGAUGACGGCGUCGACCAUCCUUCCCGCGAGCGCUGCCCCUUCCCCAGCGGAGCCGAGGUGCAGCCGCUGCCGAGGAAGAGGCGGCCCUGCGUGAGCCCCCCGAGCCUUGGGCGCCCCAAGGAGGAGCGGUUGGGGGGACCCCCGAGAGAAAGGGAGGGGCCGGAGCGCUGCGAGGAGGACCACCUCAAGGAGGAGGAGAGCAGCAGCACCGAGAGCGCAGGCCACGAGCAUGAGGAGCCCCAUGGCAGCCGGGGUAGCCGGGAGGCAGCACAGGCGGCGCUGCUGGAGGAGGAGCGUGCCCGCGUCUUGGCCUCCGCUGACCGCCUCAAGAGCCGCGCCAAGGAGCUGGAGCAGCAGCUGCAGGAGACGGCCCGAGAGGCGGAGAUGGAGCGGGCUCUCCUGCAAGGGGAGCGCGAGGCGGAGCUGAUCCAGAUGCAGCAGGAGCAGAAGGCCGUCCAGCACCUGCAGGAGAGGCUCUCUGGGCUGGACGCCUCCAUCCGCCGGGACCGGGACAUGGAGAGGGCAAAGGUUGAUGCGGAGAGGAAGGCGCUGGAGAGGCUGCGGGCGCUCUGCUCGGAGCUCAGGACCCAGCUAGAUAACUGCCCUGAGUCCAUGAGGGAGCAGCUGCAGGACCAGGUGCAAAGGGAAGCGGAGGCGCUGGAGUCGGAGAGCAAGCUCUUUGAGGACCUGGAGUUCCAGCAGCUGGAGAGGGAGAGCCGGCUGGAAGAGGAGCGCGAGGAGAUCAGCCGGCAACUGCUGCAAGGGACGGCCGAGGGGCACCGCAACCUGGCCAGGAGGAAGGAACGUGUGGCGGCACUCGAGAGCCAGGCCAACCAGAUCCGGCUGCAGGCGGCACAGGAGGCCGAGCGGUUGGGCAAGGAGCAGAGCCUCACAUUGCAGAUGCUGCAGAAGGAGAAGGAGACCCUCCUGGCUCUUGAGCGGCAGUACCGUGCGCUGACCGGGGGGUCAGGCUUCCCUAAGGCCUCCCCGGCCCUCCGAGAGUAUGUGACCACUGACCAGCUGGCGGUGAUCCUGGGGAGUGUCCGGGCGGCCGUAGGGCUGGCCCACCCUCCCGGCCCCUCUGCUCCUGCCGCUUCUGCCUUGCCAGCGCCGCUCUCCUCUUCCCAGGUCUAUCGCUCCAAGAUGGACGGCAGCCUGGCCUGGUCCAAAGCAGGGGCGUCCACUUCUUCCUCCCAGCUCAGCCUCGCCAGCCUCGGACGCAGCCCCUCCCCAAAGAACGCCAUGGCUGCCCAGAACGGCGGGACGGGCAGCCUCCCUCGCAACCUGGCCAACACCCUCCAGGACAUCGAGAGCAAGCGCCAGCUGGCCCUCCAGCAAAAGGGGCAGCAGGUGAUUGAGGAGCAGCGGCGGCGCCUGGCCGACCUGAAGCAGAAGGCGGCGGCCGAGGCCCAGUCGCAGUGGGAGGCCCUGCGCGGGGGAGGGGCGCCCCCGCUCUUGCCCCCCUACUCCUCCUCCCCCCUCAUGCACCACUCCAUCCUCCAUCACCACCACCCCCACCACGCGGCGGGCAGGGGGAUGGACGACCCCCAGCCCCACCAGCGCCCCUACGACACCCUCAGCCUGGAGAGCUCCGACAGCCUCGAGACCAACUUCUCCAACAGCGGGAACUCCGCCUGCUCCCCGGACAACGUCUCCAGCGCCAGCGGAGCCGACGCGGGGAAGAUCGAGGAGAUGGAGAAGAUGCUGAGAGAGGCCCACGCGGAGAAGUCCCGCCUGAUGGAGUCCCGGGAGCAAGAAGCGGAGCUGCGGCGCCAGGCCUUGGAGGACGAGCGGCGGCGGAGGGAGCAGCUGGAGCGGCGGCUGCAGGACGAGACGGCGAGGCGGCAGAAGCUCAUCGAGAAGGAGGUCAAGAUGCGGGAGAAGCAGUUCGCCCAGGCGCGGCCGCUGACCCGCUACCUGCCCAUCCGCAAAGAGGACUUUGACCUGCGGCUGCACAUCGAGUCCUCGGGCCACAGCGUGGACACCUGCAGCCACAUCAUCCUCUCCGAGAAGAUGUGCAAGGGCUACCUGGUCAAGAUGGGGGGCAAGAUCAAGUCCUGGAAGAAGCGCUGGUUCGUUUUCGACCGCUUGCGCCGCACCUUUUCCUACUACGUCGACAAGCACGAGACGAAGCUGAAGGGUCUCAUCUACUUCCAGGCCAUUGAGGAAGUUUAUUACGAUCACCUCCGGAGUGCAGCCAAGAGCCCGAACCCGGCUCUCACCUUCUGCGUCAAGACCCACGACCGCCUCUACUACAUGGUGGCCCCUUCCGCCGAGGCCAUGCGCAUCUGGAUGGACGUCAUCGUCACGGGCGCCGAGGGGUACACGCAGUUCCUGAACUGAGCCCAAGCGGGACCCUUGGCGGUCGGAGGAGGAGAAAGAGGAGGAAGCAGGGACAGGGGCCAAGGCUUCGGGGCUCCUUCCGGUCAGAGCGAUGCUUCUGCUUCUCCACAAGCUCAAUAUGGGACUGUUGGGAGCCGCCAGGGCUUUGGGAUGUCGCUCCCCGAAAUUCGACGCCCUCUCCUUGGCCACGGACUAGAGAUGCCACGUUUGCCCAUUAAACUGCCAAAGGCUCCAUGCCAACAGCU